AAUGGAAGAUGGCGGAGGCUCCUCCAUGGCCCAACCGGUUUUUCUGUCACAGAUGUUCGGCAGAGAUUAGCCCUCGUCUCCCUGACUACACGUGCCCCCGUUGUGACUCUGGUUUCAUUGAAGAGUUGCUGGAAGAGGGAAGCACCGAAAACGGAUCCACGUCGUCAGCAGCCACGAGCAGUGACCAAAAUCAACCAAGAUACGAGAAUGUGGACCAACACGUAUUCACAUUCCCGUCGGCGUUUGGCCAGUUCGCUUUGGGGAUCUUUGACGAACCUUUCGACUUCAGCGCGGGGUUGUCGUCGGAGGACAACCGUGAGACAGAGAACCGUCGGGAACGGGACAUGCCGUCGCGGCAACGGUACGGGGCGCGGCAGCCACGGGGCCGGCAUGUCCCGCGGAGGCCGGGGAGCAGGAGCGAGGGUGUGCCGACUCUAGAGGGAAUUAUCCAACAGCUCGUGAACGGCUUUAUCGCGCCCACGACGAUGCCAAACAUCGGCGUGGGCGUCGGCCCUUGGGGGGUGCUUCAUUCUAACCCUAUGGACUACGCCUGGGGCGCCAACGGUCUAGAUGCAAUCAUAACACAGCUGUUAAAUCAAUUUGAGAACACAGGGCCACCGCCAGCGGAUAGAGAGAAGAUUAAGAACCUGCCCACGGUUCAGAUCACGGAGGAACACGUUGGCUCUGGCUUGGAAUGCCCUGUAUGUAAAGAGGACUACAGCGUUGGUGAAAACGUCAGGCAACUUCCGUGUAAUCAUUUGUUUCAUAAUGAUUGCAUCGUACCCUGGCUGGAACAGCACGACACGUGUCCGGUGUGCAGAACGAGUCUUAGUGGACAGAAUACUGCCACGAACCCUCCAGACCUGUCAGGGAUGAACUUCUCCUCUACCUCGGCAUCUUCCUCCUCCGGCUCCCCCGGCAACCAGAACUCGACCAAUAACUCCUAA